CCCGGGCAGCCGCAGGGAGGGGUGCUGGGGCUAGCCCCGAACGCGCGGCCGCAACGCGAGACCUUUGCCGGCAAGGGCGCCUGGGCCUCUGCCCUGCUCCGGCCGGGAAGUCCGGGGCGGGCUAGAGCGGAAAGCCCUGCUGUCCCUGCGGGGUCCUUGGAGCAAACCGAGUCGCCGAGACGUCGUCUUCCCCUGUCCUUACUCUAGUUGUUUAUCCCGCCUGCACCACAUUCCUCCCCAGCGCCUCCUCCCCGCCUGCCCCACCUGCUCCUCCCUCCUGUUGUAACAUGCUUUGGUGAGCCCGCGACCUCAUUGGCAAGGGUGCUAGAGUUCGCAUUCAGCCACCAUGGGGAAUGGGAUGAACAAGAUGCCAGAGAUGCAGAGCAAUUGAGCAAGAACAAGGUGACACAUAUAUUGUCUGUCCACGAUAGUGCCAGGCCUAUGUUGGAGCAUUGAAGAUGCAUUGAACUGUAUUUUAAAUGCCUCUAAGAGGAGUAAAAUACCUGUGUAUUCCAGCAGCGGAUUCACCAUCUCAAAACCUGACAAGACAUUUCAAAGAAAGUAUUAAAUUCAUUCACGAGUGCCGACUCCAGGGUGAGGGCUGUCUUGUACACUGCUUGGCAGGUGUCUCCAGGAGUGUGACACUGGUAAUAGCAUACAUCAUGACCGUCACUGACUUCGGCUGGGAAGAUGCCCUUCACACUGUCCGUGCAGGGAGGUCCUGUGCCAACCCCAACCUGGGCUUCCAGAGACAGCUCCAGGAGUUUGAGAAGCAUGAGGUCCACCAGUACCGGCAGUGGUUAAAGGAAGAAUAUGGCGAGAACCCUUUUCAUGAUGCAGAGGAAGCCAAAAGCAUUUUGGGUAAAUAUAAAGAGCAAGGGCUUGUGGAGUCCGAGCCUGGCACCAGGCGUUGGAGCAACUUUCAGGCCUUGCCUCCACUGACCUACAGCAACUACACGACAGAGACUUAACACACAGCCACCUCGCACCUCCCUUCCCACCUGCUUGUCUUCAGCGUGUUCCUGCCCAGGCCCCCCGGUGUGCUGCUGCCGCCAUAGAGAACUGGAAAGAAAGGGUGGUCACUGGUGAUGGUGAAACAAGGCUUCUCCCUUGCAACCCCACCCAGCCCUGCAUGGGCCCUUGCCCUCUCCUCCCCUCCUCUUCCCCUUAUUCUGCCUACUUGAGCUUGCUGUGCUGAGUCCCAGGAUUCUGCUGGGGCUUCCAGGCCUCGUUGCAUGUGCAGUGUUUGGAGGAGUGUGUAUGUUCUUGUGCAGGGAUGUGUCUGAGUUUGUGAGCUGCAGACAUGCCCACUGCUGGAGAAGUCACAGAAUCCACUGCCUGAAUGGGCAUUUCUGUUUACACCUCUUUGGUCUCCACCUGGGAGACAUUUGAAUUUGAAUUGUCCUCUGCACAGCUGCCCUGAAGCAAAUAUGCAGGUGACAGACAGCAAGGAGAACUCAAGGUCUGAGCAGCCAAGUGUGGCAACUUCCCCAGAACCCAGCAGGAUCCUGGUGGGGACAACAGGAGGUUCAACUCCCUUCUGAGGGUAGCUCCAGGGAUUCUUGAAGGGGAAGUGGAGGGGAGGUGGUCUUGAGUUGACCUGUGACUCAAUUUUAAUGAAAGUGUCCCAGACUGGGGCUCCCUGCUGCCUUAACUCAAAUCUCCCUUUUAGCUAGUCACGACCUGACUGAGUUCUACUUGGUGUUUGUUCUCUGUGGUCCUGACCACAUUUUAAUUCCAUGGGAAGCUUCAAUUCGAUGCUUCAGGGCAGCACCUUCCUCUCUCUCAAUCCAGUGUCACAUGUUCCCUUCCCCUGUCUGGUCUCACUGUGCCCUCUUUUCAAGGUUUGCAUGUAUCUUCAGGAAUUGGGAAGAAAGAACACUUUGUUAGGCACUGAGGCAGUUACAUUCAAAAACACUUAAAAAAAAAAAAGCCUAAGCACUUUUGUCAACACUGUUGUGUAUGCUGUGGAUGUGCAAUUUGAUCUUGGCUACCUCAUUAAAUGUUUUUUGGAAAGGUGUUUGUUCAUUUACUCCACUUGGCCCUGCCCCAUAGGUGGAAAUGUUCAGCCAUAAUUGCUUAUGAAGCCAAAGGGAAACACAUCAAUAUCAUUGAGCUAUUUGAAGUUUCUAAUUAGGCUUCAAUAAUUCUUUGGGAUAGGAAACAUUUUGCAGUUAAGCUCAGCCCCAUGGGCUGAAAAAAAAUGCCUGGCAAGCAUCUGUGGAUGCUCUCUGGAAUAUUCUCUUACACCAACUCAGAUUGUUUCAGCAUACAGAGCCCCAUGAAAGAAAAUAAAAAACAACCUAUUUUCAACCUCUUCCUAAAAAUGUUACAACCCCAGUUCUCUGAACUCCACCAUUAAAGAGCACCUGAUUCAAAGCAGUCUUCCUUCCUUUGCAUGUAGAGGUUAUAUCAUAGGUGAUCUCUUUGAGGGGACCCAGGAGAGCAGAUGGUCUGAGUCUGCAUACCUCCAGGCCAUAGGUGCACAGUAAGAAUGGAAUUAUCCAUCAACAGCCAGAACAAUUUGCCUCUAAUGUACUUUUUUUUUUUAUUAAACCAAAAAAAGAAAUGUAAAUCUGUUAUCAGAAAAAGUAUUUAGGAUAACAGGUUGAAUGUGUAAAGUAGCUGUGUACAUUUAUGAACAUCUAAAUGUGUUCCUGUAGGUCUUGAGAUGUUGUUUGAAUAUUUGUUGUCAGUAAUGUCCUUUCU